CAAGUUUACGCGCGUGCGUGUUUGCUAUCGCGAGGCUCUAUCCUGUCUUGUCAGUCGGCAUGAGUUUCUUGCUGCCUCAGUUAAACAGCAAAAAGGAAGUGGAUGAAGCGAUUAAGAUUGUGGCAGAGAAAGUCCUGGUUCUUCGCUUUGGUAGAGAUGAAGAUAAUGUCUGCCUGCAGUUGGAUAACAUUCUUGCAAAAACAUCUCAUGAUUUGAGUAAAAUGGCUGCAAUUUAUUUAGUGGACGUGAGCAAGGUUCCAGUGUACACCCAGUAUUUUGAUAUUAGUUAUAUUCCAUCAACUGUCUUCUUUUUCAAUGGGCAACACAUAAAAGUGGAUUAUGGAUCUCCAGAUCAUACCAAAUUUGUGGGAAGUUUCAAAACAAAACAAGACUUCAUAGAUUUGAUUGAAGUGAUCUAUCGUGGAGCGAUGCGUGGAAAACUCAUUGUACGAAGCCCAAUUGAUCCGAAAAAUAUUCCCAAGUAUGAACUUCUCUACAAGGACAUUUAAAUGCCCUUUCUGGAAAUAAAUGAAAGUUGGAAUGGGCACAUCCUAAAACUGAUUAUGCCAUGGCUUAUUUGAACAUGUGUCCCAACUAAGCCAGCAAAAAGUAUUCUUAAUCUUUGCACGAUCAUAUUGGUCAACAUCAAAACAGACAGAUUUUCUGUCAUUAUUUUCCUUAAAGUUAUGUAUGUCAACAAUUGCUGACUUUUAGUUAUUAGCUUAUAGCCUACAUCUUACUCUUAAAUUAUUAAAUAAAGGAAUCUGCUCUAAAGCAAACAAGUAAAUAAAUGCCUUGGACUAUAAACAAAAAUAGAAACUUUUUCACACAAGAUAGAAAGGCAAAACCAAAUAAAUCAUUUUGUAGCUUAACAUGAAAUAAGUUACAAUUAAAUAAUGACUUAGCAUGCAUGAACCUAGCCAUAGAAAUCAUUUAAGAGUUUGUUUUCCCUUUCCUUUUUGACCUAGAGAUAGUGAGAAAAAAUGCUGUAAAUAUUUUUGCCUUUAUCCUGCCUGUCCUGUUAAGCUUUAGCUCUAAAACCAUUCUAUCAGCCAGAAUUUGGAGCCCAUGUGAGAGAUGUAGUGAUAAAAUCUUUGACUUUUAAAGAUAAAAUAAUGCCAUGGAUGCAGCUACCAGUAGAUAGCCUGCCUCCUGUCCGCCUCUAAACUUACUACCUGAGUUCUUUGGGGGGAGCUGUUUAAUGCCUGUUUUCAUGGUUUUAAACAGACUUAUUAUAGGAUGGUUGAGGGAGGAAUAGCAGAAUUGUUCCAUAAAGUAGGAGCAGUGAUUCUAGUUGUGAGGAAUGGAACUGAUGGCAAGAUAAGAUAAGAAUUUUAAAUGGAUAAUUUAAUCUUUUCUGUUAGGUGCAGGUCAUUUUAGAGAAAAAAAUAAAAAUAUGAUUUGAUUAUGGUGUAUAAAAUUGAAACCUGGCUAGGGGAAUAGAUGAACUCUAUCUUCUCUUUCUAUUGUGAAGUGGGUUCCAGAAUAUUGGGAGAACAGAUUAUAGCUAUGGUUCCUAAAAAUAGGUUAUUUUUACCAGGAUGCCUGGAGAGAAUAGAUUUUUAUUCCUCUUUCCUUUUCUUCAGAACUCCAGGAUAAGGUAAGAAUUUUAUUUGUGUAUGGUCCUCUGAGUAAUAGAUUUCAUAAAAUAGUAUGACUGAUUAUGGAGUCUCUAGUUUAUCUAUUUGUGCAAUUCCAUUUUAAAAUAUCAGUAAGAAAAAGUGCACAGAUCUUUUAUACAUAGACAUAUACUAUAGAAACCUAUAGCUCUAGAAUCAAUCCCCAAAAGCUACCUUAAAAACCAUGCUGUUACUAUCCUCCAAGGUUGCCAGAAGAAGGAACAUAUUCAGCUCAGUAGACAAACUAUUCCAUAAGUGGAGAGCUGAGGUUGAGAAUACAUGAUAUAAGGCCACCCUUCUGCCACAACGAUUGAAACCCCUGGUCAGGAUUCUUUGUAGACUGGUCAUCUAAAUAACACAGAGUAUAUUUGGAAAAGACAAGUGUCUUAAAUACUCAAGGCACAUAGGGCUUUAAAGCUGCUGACCAGUUCACUGGGAAAUGGACUCCAACCAGUACAAGUAUUAUAUUCCAGAUAAGUUGCAACUGGUUUAUCAGACAAAGGCCCUCCUGGUCACUCUUAUGUGUAGAAGCUGAUUGUUCAAAAAGAUCCCAGGUUUCAAAUUUGCAUUACAGAGAGCACAACCCAGUAAAGAGUCAAGGAUGAUAGAAUCCUGGAAUCAGAAGGAUUAUGAUAUAACAACCAUUCUGUAAUACAGAAUGAAGUUUGAGUGUGUUUUUCCUUGACAGCUUUCAGGCACCAACAUGGGAACUUUACAGUAUCUUCCACUGAGCCUGUGGCAAAUCUGUAUAACUGGAUAUUAUAUUGGUGAAACUAUACCCUUAAGCAACAAGUUAUCUGUCCAAGAUAUUUCAUGUAGAUUCAAAUCUUGGUGCCAAAUCCCACAAUACAUUUCUGGUGCUAUUUGAUGCAUUCCAGGAAUUCAUAGCUGCCAAAACGAAUAUAAUGCUAUCCUAUUUAUUCCAGUGCUGAGUCACAUUGCUGUUUUCAUGCUGGGUCUGAUCUUUUGCUCAAAGCACAAGGGUGGUGGCCAUUAGAGUUUUUGUGUUUUACAGUUGCUUAUGAAGGUGAUUUUGUUAAUCACCCUUGGAGUAGGGAACUCUUCAGAGUGAAAGACAGAAUCACUCCUGAACAGCUCUCUAGUUCUCUUCAAAAUUAGUUUAUAGUAUACAGAUAAGGUAGAUAAUUAGAACACAGAAGAUGAUUCAUAAACUACUAAGGUACAGCAAUCUGGUACUAUGCUGCAACUAUAUGUACAACAAAUAUGCAUUUUUAUUCUGUGCUUUAGGCACACCCAGCUUCUAUCCAACAAAAUUUUCCCAGGUAG